GGUACGUGAACUUCUUCAAGUUCACCAGCUGUUUACGUUUUAUUUUUACAUCGCGCGACCGACGUACGGACGUUUCGGGGUACACGUAAUGGGGUUAUAUUUGUAAAUUAAGUUAAAAUCGUCAAAUAGAAUUAAACGAAAUUCUCUUAAGAAAAGUUAUUUACUAAAAAGAAAGUGUUAGUUUUUCAAAAAUGAGUGGAAAUCAAGAAGUUGAAAAUGUACCCAGCGUUGAAGAAAUUGGUAAAAUUAUGGAACAGUGUUAUGAAAAUUUAAUUGUUGUCGACGUCGGCGCGAAUUUAACUAAUAAAAAGUACAGUAGGGAUCUCGAUUCUGUUAUACAAAGGGCUAAAGAUUCAGGUGUCCAAAAAAUAAUGGUUACAGGUACCUCAGUUAAAACUAGUAAAGAAGCUUUGAGAUUAACCAGGAUUUAUCCAGGCGUAUUGUAUUCAACAGCAGGUAUACAUCCACAUGAUGCAAAAUCAUACACGGAAGAAUCCUGGGAGGAAUUAGUUUCAAUAGCUGAUAAUCCGGAAUGUGUUGCUAUUGGAGAAUGCGGUUUAGAUUAUAACAGAAAUUUUUCCGAACCUGAUGAGCAAAAAUUCGUUUUUCGUAAACAGAUUGAAUUAGCGUGUAAAUUAAAAAAACCCCUAUUUGUACACGAACGUGACGCUCAUGAUGAUCUUUUAAAAAUCCUCAACGAUUACAAAUCUGAUUUACCCGCCGUUUUGGUACAUUGUUUCACGGGGACCGUUGAACAAGCACUCAAUUAUCUUGAUAGGGGAUAUUACAUAGGACUAACAGGAUACUUAUGUAAGGAUAAAUCAGAUACAGGUGUUCGUAAACUACUAGUCGACGGAUUAAUACCGUUAGAUAGACUUUUAGUUGAAACUGAUUCGCCUUUUAUGUACCCGAAUACUCGUGCUUCCAAGUUGCCCGUUCAUGUUAAAGAUGGUCUAACAGAGAGAUCAAUGACGUUCCUAUAUCGGUACUGUACGUUUCAAAGGAACGAGCCAUGUUCCUUGCCAGCAAUAGUAGAAAUGAUUGCGGCUUUUAUGAAUAAGAAACCGGAAGAAGUUGCUUUAGCAACAGCCUUCAAUGCCCUAAAACUAUUUGGGUUGUCUCAAUAAUUAUUUAUGAUUUUUAACCCUUAAUUAACAUCAUACAUUUUACAAACGUAACUGACACCAUACGAGGUAUGAUGUUAGUUAAGAGUUAAUAGGAUUAAUUUUAUAAAUACCAAUUGCCUUAGCUUUGUUGUUUCUCUAUAAUUUGUAAUAAUUGUGAACUCUAUAUUUAUUUUUAAUUAUUGCAAUUUUUUAACAUCUAUGUUUUAGAGGUUAUGUACACGUCCUGACUUGCCAAAUCCUUUUUGUUAUCAUGUAGCGGUGAAUCAUUUUGUAUUUCACAACAUAGAAAGAAAUUUUCCUAUAUUGUAUACCUAAUUAAGUUUGUUUCUGUCGAUUUUAAAGUAAACGAAAAAUUAUAGAUGUAUUUUUAGGGAGCUUUAUUUAUAUAUUUUUGUAACGCAUAUUGUUUCGGUACUUUAUUUCUUUUUAUUCUGAGAUAUUUAUAUUUUAUAUGUACUUGUUACAAAGGAAAUCGUUAAGUUCUAUGUAAUUCUUUGUGAUAUUUACUAUUUGUAAUGAUGGUGCCUUAUAAAAACACGUAAAAAAUAAACAAAAUAAAGUUGUUUACAAUUA